UCUCAAUUCCCUCUCUCAUUCGUAAACAUGGAUCCUCCCGCUCCACCGCCCUCCACAACCUCCCAGUCACCCCCACUUGAAGAUCUCGCCGACGACCUCCGCCGCCUCAGUCUCAACUCGACCACUACUACCACCACCACCACCACCAGCAUCAGCUGGGGCUCAGACACCACUUGGACCGCCACCAGCGUGGCCUCCGGAGGCGCCAAGCCCCACGCCCCCUCCGGAGACCCUCGCCGCAACGCCGUCCUCCGCACCCAAGCCCAGAACGGCACCAUCGGCCUCGGGGACCUCCGCUUCGUGCAACGCCUGGGGAGCGGCGACAUCGGCACUGUCUUCCUGGCGGAGCUGCGGGACGCCGUCGGCAUGGGCUGCCUCUUCGCCGCCAAGGUCAUGGACAAGAAGGAGCUCGAGGGCCGGAACAAGGAAGGGCGGGCCGGGACCGAGAGGGAAAUUCUGCAAAUGUUGGACCACCCUUUUCUUCCCAUCCUCUACGCCGCCUUGGACUCCUCCAGGUGGUCCUGCCUGCUGACGGAGUUCUGCCCCGGCGGCGACCUCCACGUCCUCCGCCAGCGCCAGCCGGACAAACGCUUCGACGACGCUACAGUACGGUUCUACGCAACCGAAGUAGUUGCUGCUCUAGAAUACCUCCAUAUGAUGGGCAUCAUCUACCGCGAUCUAAAGCCAGAAAACGUUCUCGUCAGAUCCGACGGUCACAUCAUGCUCACCGACUUUGAUCUCUCCCUAAAGUGCGAUAGUUCAACAUCAACGGCCCAGAUGGUUUCUGAUCAAAACCGCCCAACAUCAGAGGGCGACUGCCGCCCGGAACCCCCACCAUCUGCCGCCUCAUCCUGCAUCAUUCCCAGCUGCAUCGUCCCCGCCGUGACUUGCUUCCACAAGAAGCGUCGGCGGCGGAAGAAGCAGGGCGACCCCGGCGACCUCAACAUAGUCGCGGAGCCGGUCGACGUCCGGUCGAUGUCCUUCGUGGGGACGUACGAGUAUCUGGCGCCGGAGAUCGUCUCCGGCGAGGGCCAUGGCAGCGCCGUCGACUGGUGGACCCUAGGGGUGUUCGUGUUCGAGAUGUUUUACGGAGUGACGCCGUUUAAGGGCGUCGACAACGAGCUAACGCUGGCGAACAUUUUGGCUCGAGCCCUAGAAUUCCCGAAGGAGCCGCCGGUGCCGGCGGCGGCGAAGGAUCUGAUGUCGCAGCUGCUGGUGAAGGAUCCGGCGCGGCGGCUGGGGUCGGUGAUGGGUGCUGGCGCCGUGAAGCGCCAUCCGUUCUUCAACGGGGUUAAUUGGGCCCUACUAAGAUGCGCGUCGCCGCCGUACGUUCCCCGGCCGACCGACUUUUCUCCUGUUGUGUGCGAUAAGUUGCUGGAGAAGACGAUUGAGUAUUACUAGUGACCGAAUUAGGUUCAAUUCUUGAUAUAUAUAUAUAUAUAUAUAUAUAUAUAUAUAUAUAUAAAAGUCAGUGUCUUGUGAGUGUAAAACUGUAAAUGCAUAAAUUUUGGAGAUGGUAUAGUUCACAUUCAAAUAUUUAGAAAUUGUUUUCUUGAGGAGAUUUUUGCGAAGAUUUAUAUUAGGGGUUUUGAGGUUUUGAGUUUUUUAACGUCGGAAAGAAAUAGGAUGUUAUGAACGUUGUUAAUAAAAAAAUAUUUUGAAUAA